AUGCGAUACGAAUACGAGGAGAAAAUAUUUAUCAAAAAUCAACGGCGAGCUGAUGAUUGUUAUGUUGUUUACUCGGCUGAAGACAAUUCUACCACACCUGAAUUCAAAUUGUCAUUAAAUCGAAUCGCUUCAUGUGGUAUUGAUAUGCGAAGAAAUCCAUCAGUUGGAUUAGAGCUUUUUUCCGUAUUUGUAUUCGCUUUUCAUCCAUCAUUUGUGACAGCUGGCGAUCGUGCAUUUGCUGUACAUUGUCUUUUUCAACAAAAACAGUUGACUGUUUCGACACGAUUCGACUUUAUCAGUGAUAUCACACCAAGAGCAGUGCUUGGUGCGACAGCUUUUGUGCCAACCGUACAGCUCUCGAUUGUUCAUGGACGAGUACCAAAUGGGGCCAAAGUUGCUUCAUACGUUAGUGUUGGGGAGCCAUUGAUGUUAAUUUGGCAAACACAAACAGAUUCACGUAAGUUCCUUCAAUAUGUUAAGCGGAGCGAAAACUGGUCCCCGAGGCUAUUCUUGGAAGCGGAAAAAAGCUUUGGUUUAAGAAGUAGUUUUCCUAAUAGAAUUCUGGCGUGUAUUUUUGUAAAUCGUAUUACUUAAAC